AUGGAAGGGAACUAUCACCCUUACAGAGGAAAGGGUUUGAGAGGCUACAAUGAUGGUGAAAUACGGACAGGAAAUUACUCAAGGGGAGACACACAAGCUGUGGGUGGAGGAAAUCGAGUUCUGGAAAACCCAGAGAAAUUAAUGCUUGAUGCAUUUAAAGGUGACAAUGGAGUGUUUGCAGUGGAAAGGCCAGUUGCGGUGACUGGAAAUUGUGAGGGAUAUUCUUCUAAGGCUUGUAGAGCAUUGAUCUUUGAGGAGCAGGAACCAGGACAGUCAAUGGAGGCCAAUCCACAGGACAGUGUAGUGGUUAAGGAUUGUGAAGAGGAGAAGAUUGCGACGGAGCUCAUGAGAUCGUCUGCAGAUGAUGCAAAUUUGAUGGGGGAGGGUUUUUUACUCUCUGAUUCGGAUCUUUUGUUGGAGGAUGGUGAAUUAGAGGAGUGGGAUCAAGGAGAGGAUAAAGAGUUUAUGGAAGACGGAGGUGUGGAUGUUAAUCAAAACGUCUUGGAGGUGAGUAUGACUGGUACUCAUGUUCACAUGAAUGUCACUGGGGGGAAGAGGCAUUAG